CGGUUCGGCCCAAUCGCCAAUGUGCCGUCGUGAUCGAAGGAUCCCAAGAGAGGAAGCAGGGGAGGUGAUCACCGUCGCCUUUUCCCCAUAGCCGGAGCACUAAUAAUGAAGCAGAAGAUGAGACCCUUCAAAAGACGAGUUCUCCUUCCGUUCGCCCUCCUCUCCUCUCGAUUCCCCUUCCCCCAUUCCGUAGAAAGUUCUUCAUUUCUUCUCUUGUUUCUUCCCGUGUGUGGCAGAGGAGCGGCUCGCGGAAUCGAGGGAUAUCCUCGCCAAGUACCCCGAUCGAGUGCCGGUUCUCGAGGAGUGCUCUCCCGGAUAUGGAAAAGAGAAAAUAUCUGGUGCCGAGAGACAUGUCUGUUGGGCAAUCCAUCUACAUAUGAAGUGAUCCUGGGAAAGCCCUUUUUGUGUUUGUCAAAAAUACCUUACCACCAACAGGCACUAGUAUGUAUUGUCUUCUUCAUGCAUUCACCACAAGAUCGAUUCAUUUCUGGUCAUGCGUGCUUCUCCAUAACUGAUUACACAGCCACACUUUUGGAUUCCAUAUACGAGUCAUACAAAGAUGUGGACGGCUUACUGUACAUGUCUACAGUAGCGGAAAGAUUUUUGGUUAAGUAAAUAUUGAUAUAUAUCAAUGAUCUAUAUAAACAGUGAUUUGUAAAUGAUGAUGUGGAUGUUUUAUU